AUGUUUUGCGACACCAAUCCCGAUGACCAGAGAGAUGAUAACCUCCAUCAGCCUACAAUGUCCACAACAAAGCAUGUGAAAACAGUGAUUUUGGAUGCAGGUCCAUUGAUCACCCAACCCGCAACUACUUUGCAACAAUAUGCUCAUGAAUAUUAUACCACACCUGGUGUUCAUUCCGAAUUAAAGGAUGAAUAUGCACGUCAACAGUUGGUUCUUUGGGGAGAUCAAUUAAAGAUCAAACAGCCUUCUCAGGGCAGCAUUGACAAGGUAAUCAAGUUUGCCAAAUUGACUGGUGACUACAGUGUUUUGUCGGUCAAUGAUCUACACAUUAUUGCUUUGGCAUAUGAAUUGGAAAUACAGAGUGGAGGAAAAUUGAGAAGUUUCCCCGGUGAGGUUUUAGAAGGUCAAGAGAAAGAUGCUCAAGAGGUGUUACAGGGAAAGGGUAAGGAGACAGACGACGGGUUUGUUCCCGUGAAGAAAGGUCGUAAAAGAGGUGGCAAGAGGCAGAGAGAGAAAAGAGAAGCCGAAGCUAAGCGUUUACUAGAGGAACAAGAACAAGGUGGUUCAGAGACUGGUUCAGAAGACACUGGAUCAAGCGCCGCACAAGUUGACCCAAGCAUACCAGCAGUAGCAGUCGAUACAAAAUACACACGGGAAGCUACUCCUGAAAAGGACGAAUCUACACAUGUUGAAAUAUCUUCGGACAACGAGAAUUUGCAAAAUGUGGACGAGGAAUACAAUGAGUCUGACGACGAUGGUGAUUGGAUUACACCCGACAAUUUGCGCGACGAAAUCCUUAAAGACCAAAAUGAAAAGAUUCUCGAGACACCAAUCGAACACAAGUUGAUUAGUGUAGCCUUAGCUACGGGAGAUUUCGCUUGUCAAAAUGUGUCGAUCCAGUUGGGAAUCAAUUUACUCAAUACAAUGUCAGGUAAGCAAAUCAAGAGAGUGCGUAAUUAUAUGUACCGGUGCCAUGCAUGUUUCAGACUUACACCAAUCAAUAAAGAUGGCAAACCAAAGCAUUUCUGCCCUAAAUGUGGUGGAGAUACCUUGAUUCGAUGUGCAGUAUCAGUUGAUAAUAAAACCGGUAAGAUAACUCCUCACUUGAAAACUAAUUUCCAAUGGAUCAAGCGAGGUGAACGUUAUUCACUUCCUUCCCCCUUGAGUAAAAACCAACAAAGGUUACAAGGCAAAGGUGGAUACCAGCACAAUAAGGAGAAUAGACACAAGUCCCAACAGAACCCAUUGAUAUUGAGAGAAGACCAAAAGGAGUACCAACAAGCGUUGAAAAAUGAUGAUUGGGAAAGAAGGCAAAAUGAGAAAAUGCUACAGGAUUGGAUUGGUGGUGGUAGUGCUGAUAACUAUGUCAGCCCGUUUGGUACUGUAAACACUAUAAGACCUAGCGGUGUGCGUGUUGGUAAAGGUAGAUAUGUAAAUUCUUCCAAGGGAAAGAGUAAGUAG